UGUUGUUGACACAGGCAGAAUGGACUUCCCCUGCGGAUGAAGGCUCAUUGAACAGCCUGACGCAUUUCACCUCCCUUGCACUCCGGACGGGCAGGUAUUCAGAAUUCCUACCAAUUCCUCCACCAUCUCCCGGCUAUGGGAUGUUCGACGGCACCGGACUGCAACCUCCCCACUUUGAUCCCUUCGAGCUCAAUGCUGGCUGGGACAUUUCACAAUUAUUCCCCAUCUUUUUGAACGACGUUGAGACGGCCGUGGAAGACGACGGUGUUUCGCGCACGGAUUCGACUAUACCCACAGCUGAUCUCCCACUCGGCCAUGUUACAACAGAGCUGGGAGACAACGGACCCCCUGCUAACGCCCCUGCCACCAUCUCUCUUCCGACUUGCGAAUUUGACUUUGUUUUCCCGGUGCCACAUACCCCGGAACGUCGUGCUUUGAGGGCUAUCCAGCCAGAUGAUGAACAGGCUACCAAACGGCACUCGCCUUCCACUCCGCCAUCUCCUGAAAGUCUGGCGGAACCGUCGCCGGCGAAUACUGUCAACGAGAAUACUUUGUCGACCACCUCGAGCGAGCCACCGCGCAAGCGGCGAAGGACCGCCGUCAUCGCCGAUGAUUCAUCUUCGUCCGCUACGACGACGGCUAUGCCUGCUUCGUCUUCCGGGUCUUCCACUUCCGCGGCCUUGUACGUGGACGAUUACUUCACCACACUGGAGGACGGGACACAUUGGUGUCUUAAGUGUGACGAGAAGGAAAAGGAGACGAUCAUGGUGAACAUCAACGACAUGCGAAAGCAUUGUCGUACGGUCCAUCAGUCAGGACCAGGUUUCUCUUGCGCGGAGAAGUACAACUGUCCGUGCAAGAUGGGGGAGUUUUUCACCAGGGAAGAUGCGAGGAAGCGUCAUGUUGUUCGGUACUGUCGGACUGCAAGGAAAGAAGCCGUGAAGAAGGGAAAUUGGGCGCGCGUCAACGAAUUGGAUGAGUAUCUCGCAGCCGGCGUGGUUGAGAAGCUCUGGAAUAAAAUUUAUUUGAUGAAGGAAAAAAUUCCGGGCUAUUAGU